CUGUGGGGACUAAUUAACGAACAAGAUGAACCAUCACCAGAAGAAGAGGACUAUGGUCGUCAAUACACCAGUCGGUUGCCCACUGAUCAACCUCUCUAUCAGAUAUACAUGGCUAAUGAUUCCAUAGAACUUUAUAAUUCAUCUAUUAAUUUUUUGUUGUUCCGCCGGGAGUCCUGCGCGUCGUCAGAUUCCGGUCGUGGAGCGGACUGCUCGACGUCGGCAUCCGCAUUAACAUCAAAUACGUCAAUGAGGAGAGAAAGAUUGAUAGCAACUUCUCAUUUUGGGAGUCAACGAAGUCUGUGGUGUGAACUUGAAGAGGUGAAAGCUGCUGGGCUCUUAGCCACAUUAGAUGAGGAGACAAGGAUGCGGCAGGAGGCAUACUUUGAAGUGAUUACUAGUGAAGCAAGCUACCUACGCUCUUUGAACAUACUAAUCACACAUUUUAUGGCAAGUCAGGAACUCAUGGGAUCAAAAAGCGCGUUUUCCGUGAUAUCCAAUUCGGAUAGGAAACAUUUGUUCAGUAAUAUCUUCGCAGUACGAGAUUGCAGUGAACGGUUACUUUCUGAUCUGGAGACAAGACUAGAGCAGAACUUGGUGCUGGACGAUUUGUGCUCAAUUCUGGUUCAGCACUUUGAAAGCAAUUUUGAUGUCUAUAUCAAGUACUGCUCCAAUCAGGUCUACCAGGAAAGAACUUUGCGUCGGCUCAAGGCUGAAAAUCCAGCGUUUCUGAGUGCUGUUUGUCGAAUGGAGGCUGAUAAACAGUGCCAAGGGCUUGACAUGAGAUCGUUCCUUAUGCUGCCAAUGCAGCGCGUCACGAGAUAUCCUCUGCUCGUCUACGCAAUACUAGAUCGACUUCAGAGGGGAUGCGAUGAGUAUGAGGUGGCAACAAGAGCCUUACAUGCGGCAAACAAGGUAGUGGGUGAAUGCAACGAAGGAGCUCGUAGAAUGGAACGAACAGAGCAAUUGCUCGAAGUGGACAGUCGGCUUGUCUACAAGGAUCCUGAUCUCAAAAAGAUCGCUCUAGUCUCAAACUGCCGUUACCUCGUUAAAAGGGGUUCAUUGGUGCAAUUGGUGGAAAGGAAAAACAGGAAUAUUCUGCAGGGAAAGCAGAAAACUCGUAAUGUGUACAUAUUCUUGUUCUCCGACAUUAUCCUGAUCACGAAAAAAAAGCUGAACGGCACCUAUGAGUGCAAAGACUACGCUGCGAGGCGCUACGUUGAUGUGCAACCUAUUGAGAUCGACAAUGAGCGAGUCGCUCUGACGUCGUUCCCAACUCGUCCUCAUCUGUUCCUUUGUGUGUUUAUGAGGAACGCUCGAGGAAGGCAAGCGGAGUUAUUGUUGAACGCCGAAUCGGAAACGGAUCGAGAACGAUGGCUCAGUGCUCUCAGACCUCCCAUAUCAACGAAUCCUGAAGAGAAGAUUUAUGCUGAAUGGGAUUGUCCACAAGCCGUCGCUGUGCACUGUUACAACAAAAACCAAGACGAUGAAUUGCCUCUAGAAGUUGGAGAUAUGGUCAAUGUUCUCAGAAAAAUGCCUGAUGGUUGGUUCUUUGGACAAAAAGGAAGCGACGGUUCGUCGGGGUGGUUUCCGUCGUCCUACGUCCAGCAGAUCCUUAAUGAUCACGUCAGAGCCAACAACUACCGAAAACGACUUAGACUUAUUCAGGCUGCAAGCUCGGUCUCAGCUCGUGAAGGCGUCGUGAAAAGUUCUUCGACUCCGUUGAUGGACCGACUCCGACGAAUGAGCAACCCACGAUUCCUAUUCCAAACCGAUGUCACUGGCCUUUGA